AUGUUUUCUUGGUUUUCAAAUGUUUUCGGGAAACCACCGGUUCCCGCCUUGGACAAGAUGCGGCUAGGGCCAGAGGGCGCAACGCAAAAUCCACUCAUGAUCCAAUUCUUCACUUGGGACGCCUUGCACGACACCCUGAGCUGGUGGAAACACGUCGAGGCUGAAAUUCCACGCCUUGCCGAGCUUGGCGUCACUCAAAUUUGGCUCCCUCCUCCUAACAAGGCUGCCGAGCCCCAUGGUCGCGGCUACGACGCGUAUGACUUGUGGGAUUUAGGUGAAUUCAACCAGAGGGGGACAGUGAAAACUCGAUGGGGAACGCGAGAGGAAUUGCUUAGUGCUUGCAAAACCGCGAGGGAGCAUGGAAUAGACAUCCUCAUAGAUGCUGUCCUUAAUCACAAACUCGGCGCUGACGCAGUCGAAACGUUCUCCGCUGUUCCAGUCCAGUCGGAGAACCGACUGAAAAAUGCUGGGCCUGCGAGAGAGAUACAGGGUUGGACAGACUUUCACUUUCCAGGAAGGACAGAAAAGUACAGCGCCUUCCGUUGGACACAAGCUCACUUUACUGGGGUAGACUGGGAUGAUCGGAGCAAAACUAAUGGAAUAUUCCGUCUCGUUGGUCCUGGCCAUAAAGGCUGGUCGCGUCAUGUUGAUAGCGAACUUGGGAACUACGAUUAUUUAUUGGGAGUUGAUAUUGACCACCGUCACCCUGCUGUCCGAGAGGAUCUUCUUAGCUGGGGUAAAUGGAUCCUGGAGACUACAGGCGCAUCGGGUUUCCGUCUUGACGCCAUUAAGCACAUAGACAAGAAAUUUCUGCUUCACUGGAUUCAGUCAACACGAGCAAGCUACGGAAAUCCCAAAAUGUUUGCUGUUUCCGAAUACUGGUCUGGAAAUCUCAAGUUGAUUUUGCCGUAUAUCAAGGCGUUCAAGGGAGAGACGGCGUUCUUUGACGUGCCAUUACACAUGAACUUCAACCAGGCUAGCCGACAAAGAGCUCGCUACGAUCUGCGAAACCUUCUGAAGGAUACCAUCGUUCAAGUCAAGCCUGGCGACGCAGUGACUUUCGUGGAUAACCAUGAUACUGUUGAGGGACAGAGUUUGGAAAGCUGGGUCGAAAGCCAUUUCAAGGUGCAAGCAUACUCGAUCAUCCUCCUCCGUGGUCCCGGAUACCCAUGUGUCUUCUAUGGAGAUCUAUACCCGAACAAAGAAUGUUACAACGAAGAAGUUGCGCGGAAUAUCAAGUUGUUGAUGGAGGCUCGGAAAAUGUUCGCUUACGGAAAUACGGAAGACUAUUCUAGUGACAGGAACUGCAUCGGCUUUAUCCGAAGGGGAACUGCGACGCAUCCUGGAUGUGCUGUGAUAUUAAGCAAUAAGCAAGAAGGGUCAAAAUCUCAUGUCCACGAGCUUCGCAUGAAUGUUGGUAAGGAAAAUGGAGGUUCAACUUAUCGGAGCUACAUGACGCAACAUGGCCGAGUCGAGAUAGAUGCAGAAGGUUGGGGUACAUUUUCGUGUUUCGCGAAUUGUGUCCAGGUCUGGGUCAAGCUGGAGGGAGAGGCAUAA